AGCUUUCACGUGCGCUUACCCCAGCAGUUGACAGAAGGAUUCAGACUCUCUGGUUGCUUUCAACCACACUAAAUUGGUUGAGAAAUGGACAGCAAGGAAAGGGGGAGGAGAAAAAUCGUGAAAUUCAAUUUGAACUUUUCCUAACUUUAAUCUUUUAGCGAGGCGUCGCCAUUGCGCCGAAGGCUAGCGCGUAGCGCCCUCGCGCCAACCACUGAAUGCCGAGGGACAUUAAUAAACAUUAAGCGUCGUCAGCUAACAGUUAGCGAGCCAGAGGACUGCUUUACUACCUCCUCCCAGCCUGUCACGCAGCCAGAGAGGAGAACCCCAAAGCCUGAAGCAGAGAGAUGCAGUCAUCAGCGCAGCAUAGGCAGACUUGACUCUGGUUACAGACAAGCAUGGAGUCCUCUUCUGAGUCCCAACUGGAGCCUGAGACAACUUUGCUCCAUGCAGAGUUGAGAGAGCAUCAUGCCGCCUCUGGUGCUAUAACGUCCACCGAUGACCCCAUCCUUCUGACCCCAGGCAGGAUGAGCCAACGCCAGGCGAAGGAGCGGGACAAGGAGAAGGAGAAAGAGAAGGAGGCGGGCCUUCAAACGCCCAACAGGGAGCACAUAGCCACGCCCUCUAACCUCAGCCCAGGGGUCAGCUACACCCACGGUAAGACCCACGGUUUCGAGAGAGUAAAGGAGGACCUUCUUCCUCUGCCUUUGAAAGAGGAUUCGAAUUCCAUAUCAAAGAGCAAGUCUGAAACCAAGCUGUACAAUGGCUCAGAUAAGGAUGUGCCAGCGUCUGGCGGAAAGCUCACCAAGAAGGAGUCCCUCAAGGUGCAGAAGAAGAACUACAGAGAAGAAAAGAAAAGGGCGACUAAGGAGCUGCUUAGCACCAUCACAGACCCUUCUGUUAUCGUCAUGGCCGACUGGCUGAAGAUCCGAGGCACGCUGAAGAGCUGGACCAAGCUGUGGUGCGUGCUAAAGCCGGGCGUCCUCCUCAUAUACAAGACUCACAAAAACGGCCAGUGGGUGGGAACGGUGCUGCUGAACGCCUGCGAGCUCAUCGAGAGGCCGUCCAAGAAGGACGGCUUCUGCUUCAAGCUCUUUCACCCACUGGAGCAGUCCAUCUGGGCGGUGAAGGGUCCUAAAGGAGAGGCAGUGGGCUCCAUCACGCAGCCGUUACCCAGCAGCCACCUCAUCUUCCGCGCCGCAUCAGAGUCUGAUGGUCGAUGCUGGAUGGACGCCUUGGAGCUGGCCCUGAAGUGCUCCAGCCUGCUGAAGAGGACCAUGAUCCGGGAGGGGAAGGAGGACAUGAGCACAGUGUCUGCCGGUGGAGAGCACUCCAUUAACUUCUACAGCCUCCUCAGAGCCCACAACAUGCAAGGCUUCCAGUUCAACGACAGCGACCACCUUAAAGACCCGGACCUGUACUCGGACAAGUCGGACCGGGAGGGCGAACAGGACCACGAGGAGUCGGACCCUGAGGGCCUGGAGGAGAGCGACAGCGACACGUCGGAGCGCCAGGACGACUCGUACAUCGACCUGGACCCCAACGAGCACCUGCGGGAAACCCCGUACAUGGAGCAGUCGCACGAAGAGCUGGGGGAGGCCGGCGAGGCUGCACAGACGGAGACCGUGUCCGAGGAGAAUAAGUCUCUGAUCUGGACUCUGCUGAAGCAGGUGCGGCCAGGCAUGGAUCUUUCCAAGGUCGUCCUGCCCACCUUCAUCCUGGAGCCGAGGUCCUUCCUGGACAAGCUGUCCGACUACUACUACCACGCAGACUUCCUGUCCGAAGCUGCAGUUGAAGAGAAUGCCUACAACCGGAUGAAGAAGGUGGUGAAAUGGUACAUCUCUGGAUUUUACAAAAAGCCAAAGGGGUUGAAGAAGCCGUACAACCCCAUCAUUGGAGAGACGUACCGGUGCAUGUGGCUCCAUCAGAAGACCAACAGCAAGACUUUUUACAUCGCAGAACAGGUCUCUCACCAUCCGCCAGUGUCGGCCUUCUACGUCAGCAACAGGAAAGACGGGUUCUGCCUCAGCGGCAGCAUCCUCGCCAAGUCCAAGUUCUACGGAAACUCCCUGUCAGCCAUUUUAGACGGAGAGGCUCGGCUCACCUUCCUCAACCGAGGGGAGGACUACGUUAUGAACAUGCCCUAUGCUCACUGUAAAGGCAUACUGUAUGGAACCAUGACCUUGGAGCUGGGAGGUCAGAUCACCAUUGCGUGUGAGAAAACGGGCUACAGCGCUCAGCUCGAGUUCAAACUGAAGCCGUUCCUGGGCAGCAGCGAUUGUGUCAAUCAGAUCUCUGGGAAGAUCAAGCUGGGAAAGGAGGUCCUGGCUACUCUGGAGGGACACUGGGACAGCGAGAUCUUCAUCAACGACAAGAAAACGGGGACGAUGGAUACUUUCUGGGACCCGACGCCGGAGCUGAGGCAGAACAGGCUGACGCGCUACACCGUCCCACCUGAAGAGCAGGGGGACUUCGAGUCAGAAAGACUGUGGCAGCACGUGACUCGAGCGAUCAACAACAAGGACCAGACGGAGGCCACCAACGAGAAGUUCAUCCUGGAGGAAGCUCAGAGGAAGGCGGCCCGGGAGCGCAAGGCCAAAUGCGAGGAGUGGAUCCCCGCCCUGUUCGAGCAGGACCCCGUCACCGGAGAGUGGCAUUACAGAUAUGCCGACACCAGGCCGUGGGAUCCGCUCAACGACCUGAUUCAGUUUGAGAUAGACGGCUGCAUCCAGACCAAGGUCCGACACCGCACCCCUAUGGUACGUUCUGGCAGUCUUAUUAGUCUGAGUAACCAGGGGCCGCGGAGGGACAAUUGCAAGUGCCAGGUAACGGUGCCAAAGAGAAAACACAAGAGCGACAAGCCCAAGAGCCCCGAGAGCGGCUGCUCCUCACCAGAACCUGAUCGCCAUGACUCGUCGGGGAGCGAACGACACAAAAGCAAGCAUAACAGUCGGCUGAGGAAAAAGGGUCCAGACCUCAGCGAACUUCAAAGUGCCAUCGACUCCAUAAAGCAGACGCAGGAGGACAUUAACAGGAGCGUCGCGGCGCUCCGGAUGCGUUCAGCAGGCCGGGCGGAGAACACUUCCUUCCUCCAGCAGCGGGACUACGUCGUCAUCGCCUGCCUCGUCGUCCUUCAGGUUCUCAUCAACUACAUUUUCAAGUAGCGGCCACAAGGCCUCACCCUAAACUCCCUCUCUCUCUCUCACACACACACACACAUACUGGAGAUUUUUAGACGAGCGGACCUCCAGCUCACUCCUUCUCUCCGCUUAACAAACCCAUACCUUUGUGUCCUGGAAAAGCAGAAGAACUCGGAAAGAGACCGUUUUUAACGUAUUUAUUCGCAACCAUCACCAUUCCAAAUCUCCGCGGAGAUGCACGGAUUUCAAAGAGAGGAGCGGCGGUGAGGGGAUUUCGCAUGGAAAAAAGGCUCGACUGCCUCUCGGGAUUUUUUUUUCUUUCUGUUUUUUAUUAACUUGCCUUGAUGUUAAAGGCAAAGACAGCAGCCAUUUUUUAUUAGCUGUUUCAUUAUUUUUGCUCUUUUUUUUAAAUGCUACUCUGAUGUUUCACAUUUCACCUCAAAUGACAGGGAAGUUUUUAAGACAAAAACAAGGACCACAGGUCAGAUUGUAACACACGCACAUGAGAUCCCUUUAAUUUUAGUGCUUUUUUUUUUUUCUAUUUCUCUUUUCUGUUUUCCUAUCUCAUCUUGUGUUUUACUGAAGCCUGCUCAGAACAGAAAACAAACCAACGCGAUGGAAAAAAAGGGAAAGAAAAACGGAGUGGUCCAAUGUGUGCAACUUUUAUUUUUGUGUGAUCAGAUCCUCUUAUAUUCACCCUCGAUUCCACAUCUGGAAAUAGAAGACAGUGAGAAUAACACAAGGGACAAAAGGAACAGAAGCUAUAGAACUCCGCUUUUUGCAUACAAAGUCAUUGUUUAGAGAGAAAAACAAAAUAGAUCACAUUUGACACAUUCUAUGUGUAUAUUGUAAGUAGCGAACUUUAACCCUUUGGAGACCAUUUUUGUCUUAUGGCACAAAUGCACUGGAAAUGUGGGACAUUCACUUUGGUCUCGCCUCAGCAUUGAGACAGACUGAUGCUCUAAUCAAGAAAAUAAAAAAUCAUAUAUAUAUAUAUAUGAAGUCUUUUUAAAACACCCCAGUGACCACUGCCCUUUUACUGUUCUAAUUUAAGCCAGCCGAUCUUUUUGUUGAGAUUAGUAAUAAAGAAUCUUAGAGCGGCACUCUGUCUUCUUAAGUCUAACUUUGUAGUAUUGGUAGUUUCUUCAAGGUUAGAGUGAGAACAAAUGCUUUUUUAUGCUCACUAUUUUAACAUCUCUUUAACAACUUAAGUAUAAAAACCUCACAUCUAAGUUUGAAAGGGUGCCGUUUAUUAUUACUCUUAUUAACAAUGUUUCCACCAAGCCGGUUCUAGUGUUGAACUGCAUCUGGUGCUGUAGCCGGUUUUUAACUGGCGCUAUAGGAAAAUCCAACAAAAACGAGCUAAAGCACGUCAUUCGUCUUGUUAUCGUCAACCAGGUGUCCUAAUAUAAUUGGUUACUCAUCCAAUUCAUUUAAAUGUGGUUCAUUUAAUAAUGAGUGACACCUUCAUGAUUUUAUCAUUUGUUUCUAAAUAUAUAUCUGAAUGUUCCGGUAAUAAUGUUUCUAUGCAGGCUGAUCAGUGUUAACGUGGUAAGCUGAUGUUAGCAUGCUUCUUAUUGGUUUAAGUCGACACUAUUUUAACUUUUUCCGCAUUUCAAUUUGGUUCCAGUUAAUUGUAUGCUGUUAGAGAUGACAGAAAAUGAAUGAUAAAUCUGUAUUUACCACAGAGGGUAGAGUCUGCACGCAAAGUCGACACCUUUGAUUUGAUUGAGACCUUCCUACUUGGAAGCAAAGGUUGAUAUAAGUCUGGAGUUGAGAACCCCAUCACUUUUAGUUAGUAAAUAAUGCUAUCAACAGUUCUUCUGGUUGGAAGUACCAUUAAAGUAUAGAAGUCCUAAUUUAAGUGACACAGGAUCUGUGCUAAAGAUUAGGGUAAUGACAAGAAUACAAUAUAAAUUAUUUUCAGCAUAUAUUUUUUAAAUAAAACAAAUAUUCUUUGAUUUUUCAAAACUGAUACUCCUUUUAUAUUGCUUUAUCUUUUAAGGGGCUCUUUUUGUUUGUUUUCUUUAAUAAUUAUUUGAAUUCAAAAUCUACGAAGGGUAUGAAUAAUUUAGAGCAUAGCUGUAGAUGUAUGAGCCGUCUUUUAGAAUGCCAAAUGGAAUCUGUUACGUCUUGUUGGUGUUUCUAAAUAGCUGCAAAUUGGAGGUUAGCACAAGCUGUUUCAGUCAGCAUAUAAACAAGAGUUUAUUAAUUUUGCUUAAGAUUACAAGUGUGAAAACAACUCUGAACUGAUCUACUUUUACAACAUGGUGUUCACAACCUUUUAUCUGACUGCUGGUGUUCAUGAGUGCACCUCUAGUAAAUAACCUUGCCCAAAUAUAACUCCUUUAUUUCUUUUUGUGGUGCUUCAGUUAAAAACGAAUGCCAAGCAAGCACCAGCAACAGUUUAACAUGUGAACUGGAUUGGUGGGGAAGUAGUGUUUACUGUAGAAAAAGAAGCAUACGGCAAAAAUAGGCUCCGAGUAGACAAAAUCAAAGCUCAACACUUUGUUCGAACUUCACUGCCUGACUGCAGCAGCUCCGCUGCACGUCCGAUAAAGACCAUCAGUCACUUCCUCCAGCGCAUUUGAGCCUCAAAGUUUCAAUAUGUAACCUAGAAUAGACUCUGUUCUGAGGCUCCUCGUCGGAGCGCGUAGACUUGUAGACUUUUUCUAACUGUCGCCAUGUUAAGAGCAUUCCAAAUGUACAAAAAACUUGCAGCCAAACUCUUUGUGUGCUAGAGUAGAAGUCGAUUGGAGUCACUGUGUAAAUAAUCCGGGUGGGCGACGGCGCCUCCGGAGCGGCACGCGGACACUCGCACUGUGCACAAACCGUUUUCCUCCUCCUGUUUGAGUUUUACUAGAACAUCCUGGUAAGUUUAGCAGCACUGUUUUAAUGUGUUUUUAUUUAUGUCUUCGCCUGUUAUGAUGUUAGCCUUGUCGACGUUUACAUAUAUCCGAUUGCCUCCGCCGUCAGCAGACUGUUAAGCGAUGGAAGCUUCGGGACACAGAGACCGGUAGCGUUCGUAGGAGCCAGCUGUACCCCUGGAAGUUACCCGGCUGGCCCGAGUGUAUGUGUGUUUGCUUUUUCCCGUGCGUCCUCAUUGCCUGAGAUGGUAGAAUGUGUGGAAAUAAGUACAUACCAGUGCCUUUUAGAGUCAGACAUGGGGUGAAGUUGUAGCUUAAAGGAGGUGGUGUGGGCAGGGUGCAACAGAAGGUAUAGUUUGAAUUCAGACUUGGAUUGUGGUUGGGUUUACUGUAGAGUUGUAGUGUGGACGGUGCCAUAUGAAGUCUGACUCCACAGGUAGACACCCGCCGCCUGUAGAUACACAAAGGCCGAUCCCCUGCCACAGGAGGAAGAGUGCAGUUUUCCUUCCCGUCUCCGUCGCUCCCUUGUCUUCAACACACAAAACGUGGAGGGAAGCGGCCAUCUUUACUGUACGUCGUCGUUGCCGUGUCUGUGAAAUAUCGUUUUAUUUAUUCCUCUUUUGUAUGUGGGUUUAUGUUGAACAUUUGUUUUUCAGCUCAAAGUUUUAGGUCACUGUUCUUUUGUCUUAUUUAAUGUUUGUUUUAUUUUUCAAAAUGCACACGCUCGUUUUUAAUCCACUUCACGUUAAUACCAGACACGCGGGACUGUCCAAACUGGGGCGCCUCACUUCCACACACAUGCAUCACACAUCCUUUUCCUAUUCAAGUAAUUGAAUAUAUUUACUGUAUCUCCAUGGAAACUGUAACUUCUCUGAAGUUUAUGGCCACAUGUAACACAAUAAAAACAAAUGACAUACUUAA